GGUCCGCCUGAGGAGAUGGGACCUCCUCUUCCAGUAUAUAAAGCUGGAAGGCAGAAGCAGGUGGUCACACAGGAACACCAAGCAGAGGAACUAACAGCACCGUUUGGAAGGAAACAACACAAGCUCGAAACCAUGAGAAGCAUCCACUGCUUGGCCGGCAUCCUUUUGGUCCUGGGCUUCGUGCAAGUCAGCUGGCAGGUUCCUCUACUUGGCACUGAGGACAGCUCCAGUUUUGAGGAAGACAACAGAUUAGCCAGCGGGCCCCAGGAGCUGUCGAACAUCAAGAGACACUCAGAGGGAACGUUUUCCAAUGACUACAGCAAAUACCUGGAGGACAGGAAGGCCCAAGACUUUGUCCGGUGGUUGAUGAGUAACAAGAGGAGCGGUGCCGAUAAGCGCCAUGCAGACGGAACCUUCACCAGCGAUGUCAGCUCCUACCUCAAGGACCAAGCAAUCAAAGACUUCGUGGCCCAGCUCAAGUCUGGACAGAUCCAAAGAGAAUCGGAAAUGGACAGCCUGGCUCAAACGAUCAGCAGGAGGCACGUAGAUGGAAGCUUCUCCAGCGACGUGAACAAGGUGCUGGACUCCAUGGCCGCCAAGGAAUACUUACUCUGGGUCAUGACCUCCAAACCUUCAGGGGAAAGCAACAAACGGCAAGACAACCAAUAAGAGUCUUUUCGAACGCCACCUAAAGCCAUAUUGCAGAGGAACAGGAAGCCAUACCGCUUUGCAUGUUAUGUUGAUAUUUUUUACUUUACUUUGAAUGUAUUGCAAAGAUACAAAUAAAUGCUAUUCUUCCACAGACAAAAGGUGCACAAGGGAAGAAAUGAAAUUCAGGGCAUGAAAUUUUCUACAAAUGACAAUUAUUUGCUACGUUUCUAAGCUGCAAACAAGAACACCCAAGGUUCUGUCUCAGGUAGUCCUAUGGAAAGCACAUGAUUGUCAUAGCAAAUGAAUAUUUUACUCUGCUAAAUAAACCUUGUCAUUUAU